AUGCAGGCGGUUGCAGAUCCAGAAACGCUAUACACCAAGCAAAACUGCCUUGGUGGUGGAAGCUUCGGUAAAGUCUACAAAGGAGUCGACAAGCGCACUGGCCAAUCUGUUGCGAUCAAGAUCAUCGACGUCGAAAAUGCAGAAGAUGAGGUGGAAGACAUCAUCACCGAGAUCUCCAUCAUGUCGACCAUGAACUCACCUUAUGUGACCAAAUAUCUAGGCUCAUAUCUAAAAGGAUCCGACCUUUGGAUAGUGAUGGAGUUUUGCGCUGGCGGAAGUUGCUCGGAUCUUUUGCGGCCGGGCAUUAUACCUGAAGACUACAUCAUGAUCAUAAUAAGGGAGCUACUCCUUGGACUGGAUUAUCUCCACAGUGACAAGAAGUUACAUCGAGAUAUUAAAGCUGCCAAUAUCUUGCUCAGUGGAAAUGGUCAAGUGAAACUCGCUGAUUUUGGUGUCUCCGGUCAACUCAGUGCCACUAUGACAAAGAAGAAUACAUUUGUGGGGACACCCUUCUGGAUGGCACCAGAGGUCAUCAAGCAAUCGGGCUAUGACUACAAAGCCGAUAUUUGGUCGCUAGGUAUCACUGCCAUUGAAUUGGCGACUGGACAGCCCCCUUACUCCGAUAUCCACCCGAUGAAAGUUUUGUUCUUGAUUCCAAAGAAUAAUCCCCCGACACUCCAAGGUAAUUUCAGCAAGAUGUUCAAGGACUUUGUGGGUUUGUGUCUUCGACGCGAUCCGAGAGAGCGACCCACUGCGAAAGAGCUGCUCAAACAUCCAUUCUUGAAAAGAGCCAAGCGCACAACCUAUUUGACUGAGUUGAUCGAGCGGCACGAGCGCUGGCAGGCAAUUCACGGACGAGGCACUCCGGAUGACGACGAGGAUCGUACCUAUGAACAGCCGCCACCAUCAAAGUCCAUUGAAGACGAUGAAGAUUUGUGGGACUUUGGAACCGUUAGACCAGCCGGUAGGAAUGCCGGUCUUCAAGCGUUGACCGGCGCAGCAGCAAAUGUUCGCAAUCAGGCCCAUGAUCCUUGGUCCUCAGACACCAGUCGAUUAGCGAAGAGUGAAAGCGCCGAUGUUGAGAACAGUUCUAAAGAAACAAUUCGCGUCAACAGCCCACCGCAAUCUCCUACGAAACAGAAGAGUUCUAUACCGAAUUCUUUUGCAUCACCGACGAAAGUCCCACUACCCCAGUCUCCGCAAAAGCCGCAAUCAGUUCAUGCUUAUCCCGGGACUCCAUCAUCUCGCCUAGAGAAGUCUUCAUUAACCAACAAGGAGAAUGAUAGCCCAUCCACCAAGGAUUAUGACAAAGCGCUUCAACAAGCUCUCGCCUCAGACCUGACCUUUUUGAAUCUUGCUGAAUCGCCAAAUACGACUCCUUCUCGGCCGCAAUCUCGACAGCAGACAGCACCUACUCCUAUUGCUAGCGAGAACAUAAACCGAAAGCCAGUUAACAGCCAAGUAUCAGCUUAUAACGCCCCAAACCAGCACCAACCCUCUUCUACUGUUCUAUCCGCUCCCAAUCUAGUGGUCCAACGAUACGUUGGAUUACCCGAACAAAAAGCUCUCCCUACCUUUCAACCGCUUCCAACUCCACCAAUGUCAACGCCCCAGCGGCCUCGACAAUCGGAGUCAGCACGGACUCGCGAAAACAGAAGGAGGAGCGUCGACUCCCAAAUAUCAACAACAUCAUCAUUAGGUGGUCCGAACUCCGCGGCAUCGGAUAAGAACACCCUCAGCCGGGAAGUUAUCAUCCCCGCUCUCGAUCAUGCACUUCGCUGUCGAGCAAGAGGUCUCGAUAAUACCUUGACCGUGAUGGCACAAAGCCCCGGCGGAAUGUCGCUGGAAGCCUCACAUCGUCAUCAGUACGCCCAUGACAGAAUCAAAAGACUAGCAGUUAAAGCUGCUAGUAUCUUCAAGGAGAUUGAUAGACUGGAUCAGGAAGCACCCGUGGACAUGGAGAUGGGUCAGUCAUCGACUACCGAAGCGUUUAUCGAUGCACUCAUCAGAUACUGUGAGGUUGAUACUGUUGAUCCUGAGGCGGGCAACUAG